CUCCAAAAUGAUGUCUAAUAUCGAAAGGGAUAGGAAAAUAGCUCUUCAGGCAGGACGGCGUUUGGCUAAUUGCAAACCAGGAGAGGAAGUUUGUAUCUCUGGCAUCGCAGGAUUUUUCCCUGACUCAGACAAUGUCCGAGAUUUUGGCGAGAAGCUUUUUAAUAAAGUAGAUUUAAUCUCUGACGACGACAGAAGAUGGAAAUUGGAACAUCCUGAGAUUCCACAAAGGACAGGAAAGCUAAAUGAAGUCAGCAAGUUUGAUGCAGCGUUUUUCGGUGUUCACUUCAAGCAAGCUCACACAAUGGACCCCAUGUGCCGGAUGCUUCUGGAGAAGGCUUAUGAAGCAAUAGUAGAUGCAGGUUACAAUCCUAGGCAUUUAAGAGGAACCAACACUGGAGUAUUUAUAGGUGCUUGUUUCAGUGAGUCAGAAAAAACAUGGUUUUAUGAAAAAUUACAAGUAAACGGUUUCGGUAUCACUGGUUGCUCUCGUGCCAUGUUAGCCAAUAGAAUUUCAUAUUGGCUUGGUAUAAAUGGGCCCAGCUACACAGUCGACUCAGCUUGUUCCUCGAGCUUAUAUGCUUUGGAACACGCUUAUAAAUCUAUAAGAGAUGGCCAUUGUGAUGCUGCUAUAGUAGGAGGAUGUAACUUGUGUCUGCAUCCGUAUGUAUCUCUUCAAUUUGCUCGCCUCGGGGUGCUCAGUGCUGACGGCCGAUGUAAAUCAUUUGAUGAGGCUGCCAAUGGUUAUUGUCGUUCUGAAGCUAUCUCCGUAAUCCUUCUACAGAAACUGAAAGACUCUCGUAGAGUUUAUGCUCGCGUCAUUCACGCUAAAACAAAUUGUGAUGGUUACAAAGAACAAGGUAUAACAUUUCCAUCUGGACCAUUGCAACAAAGGCUAUUGGAGGAGUUUUACGAGGAGUGUCAGAUUGAGCCAUCGUCACUCGCUUGGAUAGAGGCACAUGGGACUGGAACCAAAGUAGGUGAUCCAGAAGAGGUCAAGGCAAUUGAAAAUGUGUUUUGCGAAGGGCGCAAAGAACCGCUACCAAUUGGAUCAGUCAAGUCAAAUAUUGGCCAUUCUGAACCAGCAUCAGGUUUAUGUUCCGUCACUAAAGUUGUCAUUGCCAUGGAAACUGGCUUCAUCCCACCAAAUAUUAACUUCAAUACUCCUCGAAAAGAUAUUGAUGCAUUCUUCAACGGAAAAAUCAAGGUCGUGACCGACAAAACCCCAUGGAAUGGCGGUAUGGUGGGUGUAAAUUCAUUUGGUUUUGGUGGUGCCAAUUGCCAUGUCUUACUAAACUGGAAUGAGAAAACGAAGGUCAAUGGCGGAGCACCCGAAGAUGAUCUCCCAAGGCUAAUCCCUGUUUCUGGAAGAACUGAAGAUGCUGUUGAAGUUCUUUUGAAAGAUAUAGAAUCAAGACCACUUGAUGUUGAAUAUGUGAAACUAUUCCAUGAAAUUUAUGUUGAUGACAUUCCUGGCCACAUUUAUCGAGGUUAUGCUUUAAUGACACCUAAUGAUGACAAAAUAACCCGCUCCGUCCAAUAUUAUCCCGGUGAUGAACGUCCCAUCUGGUUCGUGUUCUCUGGAAUGGGAUCGCAGUGGCCUGGUAUGGGCCGCGCUCUGCUACGAAUCCCAAUCUUUUCUGCAGCCAUCGAGAGGUGUCAACGUAUUCUCAAACCAAAAGGCAUUGAUGUUUUAAAAAUCAUCACUGAUGAUGAUCCCAAAGUAUUCAAUAAUAUUGUUAACUCAUUCGUCGGGAUUGCUGCCAUUCAGAUUGGAUUAUUGGACAUUCUUCAUGCAGCUGGUAUUCAAGCAGACAACAUGAUUGGGCAUUCUGUCGGUGAACUAGGUUGUGCAUAUGCUGAUGGUUGCUUUACCACCGAACAAAUGAUUCUAUCAGCGUACUAUCGAGGUCUUGCUUCCAUUGAGUCUGAAUUUAUAAAGGGCUGCAUGGCCGCUAUUGGUCUUGGCUUUCACGAAAUCAAACCCCGUCUUCCGAUGGAUAUUGAAGUGGCAUGUCACAAUGGACCAGACAGCUGCACUAUUUCCGGACCUGCUGAAAGCAUUCAUAAGUUUGUUAAAGAACUGCAGGCAGAAAAGAUUUUCGCUCGGGAGGUGAAUGUAGCAAACAUAGCUUACCACAGUCGAUAUAUUGCGAAUGCGGGGCCAAAAUUACUCAAGUACUUGCAACAGGUGAUUCCAAGCCCAAAAGCACGCUCUGAAAAAUGGAUAAGUACUUCACUGCCCGAAUCGCAAUGGAACUCAUCAUUGGCGAAGCUAUCCUCCGCCGAGUACCACACAAACAACUUAUUGCGUCCUGUUCUUUUCGAGGAAGCAUGUCGUCUGAUACCACAUCGAGCUAUUUUGAUUGAAAUCGCUCCUCAUGGUCUUCUUCAAGCCAUUUUGAAACGAUCACUGUCAAAGGAUAUUUUAUCUGUUUCGUUAACGCAGCGAGAUCAUAAAGACAAUGCUCAUGUUCUCUUUAAUUCUUUGGGCAAAUUAUUUGAAGCUGGUCUAACGCCCAAACUCUCUGUGUUAUACCCGCCUGUUGCACUACCAGUCAGUCGCGGUACUCCUAUGAUAGCACCACUAGUCCGAUGGGAGCACAGUGAGGAUUGGUACGUGACUUCUUACCGCAUGCAGGAAAAGAUCAAGAGCGGGGAACGGAGUGUGAAUAUCUCUUUAAAGGAUGAUGAGCUGGAGUAUCUGUCAGGGCACGUCAUUGAUGGCCGAAAUCUUUACCCAGCGACUGGAUACCUUGCCCUUGCUUGGGAGACAGUAGGUUUAAUGCGAGGUGAGCUGUACACCGAGGUUCCUGUAAUUUUCGAGAAUGUUCGUUUCCACAGAGCGACCAAUAUUCCUAAAGAUGGUUCGGUCGAGUUCAUUGUCAUGGUCCAGAAAGGAAGUGGUAACUUUGAGGUCGUAGAGGGAGGUGCUGCAAUUGUGACAGGAAAAAUCACAGUUCCAAAUGACAUCACGAAAGAAACCAUCAAUAUGGAACUACCAGAAGAUACUGAGACUGGUCCAGACCUAAUUGAGCUGAGUGCCAAAGACAUUUAUAAGGAACUCAGGCUCAGAGGAUACAAUUAUAAAGGUUUAUUCCGUAGCUUAGUUGCUGCUGACACUACCGGCAAGGUUGGCCGAGUGAGCUGGUGCAACAACUGGGUCGCCUUUAUGGACAACUUACUUCAAAUACAGAUUUUGCAAGAUGACACGCGAGGUCUUUUUGUUCCAACAUCACUUCAGAGAAUGGUCAUUGACGUCAGAAAACACAUAUCAAUUCUUCAUACUCUUGAUCCGGAAAAACCAGAAAUGCAGGUGAAUGUUUAUAAGGAAAUCGAAUUGAUUAAAUCCGGCGGUGUUGAAAUCCGAGGCUUGAAAGCCAGUGCAAUCUCCAGGCGUAAACCAUUGGGUGAACCUGUCUUGGAAAAAUACUUGUUUUAUCCUCAGGAAGACGAAGAGAGUUCAGAUUUGGCAGAAGUCGUGAGAGUAGCUGUGCAGCUGGCUUUGGAGAAUCUCCCAAGCAUCAAAGUCAAAACUGUAGAGAUGGCUGACGCUUUCAUGAACCCGGAUGUACCAUUAAUUUCAACCAUCUUGGCUACCUCUCUUGGGGAUUUACCUCUGAUUCAGGCUGAUAUUACCGUGCUAUCUGCAUCAGACAAUCCUGUAGUGGCUGAUAUGGCUCCUGGUAUACAGGUUGAAGAUAGAAAGUUACCUGGAGAUCAGUCCUGUCACAUCGUUGUUGUUUCCUCCAUUGUUGGGCGACCUGAGGUGCUGCAGUUAGCACUGAAUGCGCUGAAAGAUGGUGGUUUCAUGAUUGCUCGAGAAAAAAUCACGGAGAAGGUACCCGAAGAUGGCUUAUCCAUCUCAAUGAACAGAAUCUGUGGAAGUGAACGAAUUCUGAUAAUCCGCAGGGAAAUCACGGAAAAAUUGGAACCAAUCGUCAUCAAAGUUCCUGCAAAUAAUUUCGAGUGGAUCACAGAACUUCAAAAUGCACUGAAAGCUGAGGAUUCCUCAACUAAGCAAAAAAUCAUCCUUUAUGCGGAGAAAGAACCAUUGAAUGGUCUUCUUGGUUUCUUCAAUUGUAUUCGCAAAGAGGCCGGUGGAGAACGCACCAGAUGUGUUCUAGUCAUGGACAAAAAGGCUCCACCCUUUUCCGUCAACCAUCCCUUUUACAAAGAGCAGCUAUCAAAGGAUCUUGCUGUGAACAUUUACAAAGAUGGCAAAUGGGGCAGCUACCGGCACCUCCUUCUGGAGGAGCUCUCCUCUAUCAAGGCCGUCCAUCGUUAUGUCAACACUACAGUGCGUGGGGACUUAUCAUCGCUUCAGUGGUUCGAAGGAGAGAUAGAACCUGAGAAAAUGAAAGGCCGAAAAGCCCAUGAAGAAUCGCUGAUACACGUCUACUUUGGGGCCCUCAAUUUUCGUGAUAUCAUGUUAGCCACCGGUAAAAUUGCCCCAGAAGUUGUUGCAAGGGGAAGAUUAGAACAGGAGUGUGUACUGGGUUUGGAAUAUUCUGGCAGGGAUGCCACUGGCCAGCGUGUCAUGGGUAUGUGCUUUUCGCGCGGUAUGGCUUCAGUGUUGAAAGGAGAUAAAUCAUUCAUCUGGCCAAUCCCAGAUCACUGGUCUCUUGAAGAGGCUGCCACUGUACCAGUCACUUACGGCACGUCAUACUAUGCGCUAAUGAUCUGCGGGAGAAUGAGAGAAGGAGACACAGUGUUAAUUCAUGCCGGUAGUGGAGGAGUGGGUCUCUCUGCAAUCCAGUUAUGUUUGUUCUAUGGCUGUACAGUUUUUACAACUGUUGGUACUCCAGAAAAGAGAGCCUUCAUUAAAAAAAUGUUCCCUCAGAUUACAGAUAAUCAUAUUGGGAAUUCACGCGAUACAUCUUUUGAGCAACUAGUUAUGAAGGAGACAAAUGGAAGAGGUGUCGACUUGGUCUUAAAUUCUCUAGCUGAGGAAAAAUUGCAAGCCUCUGUCCGUUGUCUGGCACAAGGUGGACGAUUUCUGGAAAUUGGGAAAUUUGACUUGGCAAACAACAAUAUGCUUGGUAUGGAGAUGUUCCUGAAAGAGACAAGUUUCCAUGGCGUAAUGUUGGACAGUCUAUUCUCAGCACCUGAAGAGUGGAAAGAGAAACUGCAUUCAGCAGUCACUGAAGGUAUUAAAUGUGGUGCAAUUAAACCACUAGUCCGAACUGUUUUUGAGAAGGACGAAAUUGAGCAAGCGUUCAGGUCCUCAAAGAUGCAUUGUUUGAGAAUCAAACAGUGGAGGACUUCGAAGCAUCGUCCGGGCCCAAAGCCAAUGCCACUAUUUUCCUGGACAAAUUGUCUCGUAAACUGUGUCCAGAACUCGAGCAGUUUGUAAUUUUCUCAUCAGUGAGCUGCGGUCGAGGUAAUGCUGGACAGACUAAUUAUGGACUAUCCAAUUCAGUCAUGGAGCGGAUUUGUGAGAUGCGACAUGCUGAGAGUUUGCCUGCCCUUGCAGUUGAGUGGGGAGCUGUUGGUGAAGUAGGACUUGUGGCAGACAUGGCUGAAGAUAAUUUAGAAGUUAUAAUCGGAGGGACACUACAACAGCGAAUCUCCUCUUGUCUAGAAGUGCUAGAUACAUUUUUGCGACAAAACCAUCCUAUCGUUGCCAGCAUGGUUGUCGCAGAAAAAAGAGCCGGUGGUGGUGGGGCUGGGAACAUUGUGGACGCUGUUGUCAAUAUUCUUGAUCUGACAAAACCCUUAGGUGAUCAAGUUCCCGAAGUUGGACUUAAUUUCUUACUCAGGACAAUUGGAGAUGAAUUAAUGGCUUCGGAGCCGAUUGUCCGAUUACCAUCUCUCUCUGGGGACGGUUCUGUUAUUGAAGAUAUGCAUUGCAAGGAUACAUUGAUCUUUGCCAUUCCUGGAGUUGAAGGUGUUGCCUCAAUCAUGGAACCUUUAGCCAAAAAUUUGAAUGCCCAAGUUUUAUGUCUUCAAUACGAUUUCGAAAGACCUGCAUCAACCAUCCAAGAACUUGCCCAAUCUUUGGUUCCUCACAUCAAAAAGAGACUGCGCCAAGGGAAAGAAUUCAACAUAUGUGGCUAUUCAUUUGGAGGAAUGGUAGCACUGGAAGUCGCUCGUAUUCUAGAGAGCGAGAACAUAAGUGGGAAGAUUUGGCUAGUUGACUCAUCGCCACAAUUUUUAAAAACAAUGUCGACGUUGGCGCUAAGUGAUGGUGAGAAAUCAAAAGAAGAUGAGCUGCAAGUUAAAGUCAUAAUGAGGAUUGUUGAUUUAGUCUGGCCACAAGACACAACAGAGUUGGUGCAAACAUUGUAUAGUGUUCCAGACCUAAACUCUCGAAUUGAGUAUGUGGUGUCAGCCUCACCUGAAGACAUUAAACACAGUAAGAGAUAUCAAAAACUCCUCAUGGUUGCUGGCAUCACACGUAUUAAAUCAGUUCUAAAUUAUGAAAUUCCCUCCAGUAAAUUUAUCAACUCACCUGUCGUACUCAUUAGACCGUCAGAACAAUCAAUGCCUUUCGCAGAGGACUAUGGCCUUUCUCAGUUCUGCGUUAAACCAGUAGACGUUUUCUUUGUGGAUGGCAAUCACUUAACAAUUCUUGAAAACAAGAAAACGGCUGACAUUAUAAUGAAACUAGUUGAAAAAGAUGAUCAAGACUUCAAGCAGGCCAUUAUGUCGCAAAGCAACCUUGCCAGUCUUCAAGAGGAACAACGGCGUGUCUGAUCAGAUAACUGCCAAUAGCGUAUACUCCGUCUAGCAAGUUAAGGUGCUUGGUAUAUCGGAAUAAAAGACACUGUGUAGUAGUAGCGCAGCCGCUCUCACCCUCGUCACGUAUCAACAUGGCCAAUUUUUCCCCUUCGCAGAGUGGAUAGUAUUGAUCGCCGAUUAAAAAUCUGUAUCUCAAGAUUUUUGGAUCAUCGCCAAUAUAAGAACUCAUGUUAAUACCCUGCCUCUGAUGAAAGCUUAAAGCACCUGAAAGAGAUUGAGUCAAUCUUCAACUAAUUUGUUCCCAAUAUAGGUAUAGUUUAUAGCACGUCACUGCAGCACCGCGAUCCAUUGUGCGGCGAAAACCUGAUUCGGCGUAUUGACAGAAGACGGUAGCGGCUCGCCGCCACCACAUCGUACCUUUAAUUCCAAUUUGCCAAAUGCCAUUACUCGCUGGACACAGUAUAGUUACGCUACUGACGAGGAGUUUGCCUCUGAUGUUCGUUUCCUAUUUUUAAUGACAUUUCGGGGAUUAGUAGUCCUUGGAGAAUUAUUCUGCAAAGUGAAAUUCCGUUUUCUUCAACGAAUUAAAGAAAAUUCACCGGUUCCUCAAGGACUUCUAAUACCCAAAUUUCCCAUUCGGGGAGUAGACAUCGAAAGCGGGUUUUCUAAUAAAUUCACAAAAAAUCUUUUGUAAGCUAACUAGUCAAUACAACUUUUCCUGCAA